AUGGCUUUACGGGCCCGAUCAAGAGACAUAUCAACAACAAAUAUGGACAUGUCAGCAAACUUAAAGGACGACGAGCCGAAACAGCAGGCUGUUGUCAGGUUUUGUAGAGGCAUAAUAAGAGUAGCUCAGUUCGAGUUGGCACUUAAAAACAGGGAGCAGUUAGAGGAAGCUAUACUGGUUGCAGAAGCCAGAGAAGCAGAACUGGCAAAGGAAUUAGGAAGGUACAGAUAUGGGGACAGGUUUGAUGAAAAAGAAAUGUCAAUUUUUAGCAGCGAGUUUUCUCCAGGGAAGCAAAGCGUUGCCGAAUUCCAAUUUACUCACAAUGAGUUUGAAUGCAUUGAAAGGGAAAUAAAGGAAUCCGAAGAAAAAGAUAGAAGAGAAAUACUUGAAGAGUUAAAGACAGAAACCGAGAGACAUUCCUCUGACACAACUGAAACAUACAGUGAUAUUACAGGGACAAACUCAGAUAAAAUUGACACAGAGGCAGCCGAAAUGAUAGAUUUAAGAGCAUCAGUAGACCAGGAUACAUGCACUAUAUCACCAGGUUCGGUGAUUCCAAAAAGGAGUGGUAAAAUAGUUGCAGUAAACCCCUUCAUUACGAGGAAUUUCAUCAAUUUCAAAUAUCGGGAAACAAUUCAGCAGAGUAUUUCACAAAAACAAAAUGAGCAGAUUGGAAAAGGAGAGAGACUUAACACCAGAACGGUAACUAAAUUGGAGAAGAAAAGGAUGAAGGAAGAAGAAAUUAUCUUUAAGAAGUAUCUUAAGGGAGCCAAUAGGAGGAUGGAAAAAUACAAAAAGGAAAGCAGGAAACAGCUGGAGAAAGAAGAGGAGGAAAACAAAAAGAAACUGAAAAGGGAACAAAAGGAACGAGCAAGACUUGAAAAGAAAGAAAUGAAAGACAGAAAGAAAUUACAGAAAGAAAUUAUAAAGAAAGAAGAAACAGGAGAGAAAAACGAUAAUAUUAACAUGCCAGUAGUUAUUGAAAAUAUGGACAUUGCCAUGAAGAACAGUGAUGAAGAUUUCAAAGAUGAUGGAAAAGGAAAUCUUAACAACGAAGAAAAGAAAAACACUAUAGGCAAAAGACUACAGGAUUUUUUCAGAUCUUUGAUUUUUGCAAAGAAGUGAUGUAGACAUUUAAGAAUUUGUUAUUUUAAAUUUUAGUUAUCUGUUAGUUUCAUCUCAAUAUAAUAUUCAAUU